AUGUCUGCACCAUAUUCUUCACAGCAAACUCUGCCUGGGCUUGAGGGCGACGAGUCUAUUGAAUUCAAAACAUUAGAAGAGAUACAGAGAGGAGAAAUAAUCCUUGCACCAACACCCGGGCUCAGAACAGUAAGCGGGAAAAUUAAUUUCAUAUGGUCGUACAUGCAGGGGGGUCAGCAUGGCACUAUGUUUCAUAAGCAGAUUGUAUUAACGAGAGACGCGGGCAGAGGCCGGUUGAGGACGGUGAUGAUGACUAGUCUCGGAAAGACUGAUAUCGGAAAGACAAUUUUGGAUAGGUAUUAUGAUGUUCCAGAGGAUCAAAGGCGAGGGGUAUCGAAAGAUGAAUGGAUGAAGAAUAUAAGAUAUUUUGUACCCGUGGCUCCAACACUGCACGAGGAUGUUAGUGGCGGACAGUACGGGCAGUCCCAAUUGACAGUUACGUUUAAAAAUGGAGAGAAUCCGUUGUCAUAUGCACACUGGGUAUUUGUUGCGAAGAAAUUUUCCGUUUCGCCACUGGACUGGCCAGGAUAUGAAGGAAAGGGGGCGAAGAUUAGUAGCACUUUUGUUUGGCCGCUCACUAGGCUGGUUGAGGCAACUGAACAGGAGCUGGGGGAGAUCAGCGUUCCGGAGGCACGGGUAGCACAGACUGGGGCCACAGAACAUCAGAUCAGCCGAGAGACUCCAAUGCCUGGUGGAGGUCCGGAGCCCCAGGUGGUCAAAGCUGAUAGGAGAGCAUACGAACAAAGAUCAGUAGCUAGUACUCCUUGGACAUGUACCUAG